AUGGACGGACGGUUUCGCCAACAUCAACACCGAGGCCAUCGGCAAACGAUGUCCUCGGAGUACGUUUUCGGGGUGAAGAAUCCGUUCGCGAAGUUUAUGAUGGGAAAUGGGUCUCAAGAAGAAGAAGAAGACCAAGAAGACCGAGGAGGAGAGGAGGAGGAGGAAGAGCAGUUGGAGGAGGAAAAGAGCGCUUCGGCGAUCCAGAGCGACAACAAAGAAGAAGAAGGAGACGAGAUGGAAGAAGGUUCGGAAACUACCUCGAACAAGGACGAACAGGAGGUGAGACUGUUGAAAAAAGGGAGAUUAAGCGACGAUCGGGAGAGCGGGAAUAAAGUGGAAUCUUUGUCCGCGUCGUUUAUGCGGAGGGGCUUUGGCGUCGGCGCGAGCGGGAGUAGUAAUAAAAAUAAUAAUAAAAAAGGCAAACAUCGAAGGACGGAAUCGGAGCCGCCGCCGAAAGUUACUGGUCACUUUCGUAACAACAACAGUAGCAAUAGCAGCGGGAAGGAGCCGCCGAGCGGCGGGCGAACGUCGCGGAUGUCCAGGUUGAUAUCUCCGAUUGUUAUAAACGAUAGUUAUAAAGCGUUCGAAGACGACGGAGAAGACGAGCAGCAAGCGCAAAUAGAACAGAAGAACGUCGUCCGGCGAAGCGCGACAACUGGUGCGACAAUUGCAUCCACUUCCACGUCGAGGCACUUUAGAAGUCUUUCCCUCGUACCGGCGGCGAAAUUUGAAAGAGACGGGUCGAACAACGGCAAAGAACCGAACGAUUUGCGCGCCUCCAUCUUCCAAGCGCUCGAAAAGAGUAACAACAAUAACAAAGACGAUGUGCAACAACACGAAAAAGAAGAAGACCGUCCAUCGACACCUUUUGACGACACCAACUGUUGCCCAACCUGUUUCGAGGAGUACCAAGAAGAUAACCCGAAAAUCACCUUAGCGUGCGCGCACCACUUCCAUCUCGCGUGUAUCGUCGAAUGGAACGAACGAGGUCACAGCGAGUGUCCGACGUGCAUGACCGACGUCGGUUUUUACAUGGACGACGACGAGUAA